UUAUGGAAUUAAAUAACUCAUAAAAACCAAACUUAUAAGAAAAACAAUCACUUGAACAUUUAUCAGCAUGAUAAGAACUACAGAAAAUGACAAACCGUAUUUGGGAAAAAUUUAUUUGGCAUGUGCUUUAAGUUUUUAGUUUGGCCUAUGUCCCAUGCUUUAUGACCUAUACUGCAGCCGGCCACCAGAGGACAAUCAAGAUGUUUGGGCUUCACUGUGAGGGAGCUGUCAUGUCCUCCAUCUUUAUAUACAGUCUAUAACUCAGCGUAACACAGCAUGAGUGAUUAAUAUACAAGUAGUCAUUUUGUAAAGUUUUAAGUUUUUGCAAAGUAUUAGUAUACCAAAUUAGUUUUAUGGGAGUAUUUUACAGACAAUGAAAACUGUCCACAGCUACAUCUUUGGAUUUUACAAACUAACUGGAACAUUGCAUUUGGGUUUGAUAUUUUUUGCAUUGUUGAGUUUCUUUGAAAAUAUAUCAAAUGCCAUUCGUAUCUAUUGUAUUGGGGAGGUGGCAGUGCGGAGAACUCCAAACCGCAGCAAACACAUUCAACACUAUCUGCAGGGCAACAUACCGGCGGGGCAGUGCCGGUGUCGUUCCCUCUGUCCUCGCUGUCUCUGCAGCCGGCUGAUCAGAGGAUGAGGGCAGCUUUCCUCAGGUUUUCAUGUCGUCUGUCGUUGGACCCUGAUACAGCACACCCCACUCUGGUUCUCCUGCAGGGGCCCCAGGGUGCCCACUGUGGCGAGGAGCCCCAGUCUUACCCCCCUCACCAGCAGCGCUUUGAUUCUGUGGCCCAGGUCUUGUGCAGGGAGGGCCAGUUUGGUGGUGCCAGCUACUGGGAGCUGGAGUGGAGGGGCGGGGGAUGGGUUGACAUCGGUGUCACCUAUCGAGGUAUCGGACGGAAAGGUGGCGGUAAGCCCUGCCUGCUGGGGCGCAACGAGAACUCCUGGCGGCUGAGGUGUACUCACGCCGGAUACGCUGCCUGGCACGACAACCGUAAGACCACGGUGGCUGCACCGCCCUGCCCCAGAAUCGGCGUGUUCCUGGAGCGGCAGAAAGGAGCGCUGUCCUUCUACAGCGUGUCGGACACGGUGGUGCUCCUUCACACCUUUCGUUGCUCGUUCGCUCAGCCGCUGUACCCGGCCUUUCGCCUCGACCUGGACUCCACGCUGCUCAUCUGCCCCCAUGAGGGAGGCAACGGAAACACAACCUAAUACUGAAUCAACUUAAUGGAGGUCAAUGGUGUAGAAGCAACAACAUCAGGAAGGAGCAUCACAGUCAGGAAUCUUUUCUUUUUCCUAAACGUCUCUCUGCAUAGUCUCCUCUUUUU